UCUCCUAAAUUAUAWAACUUGGAAUAUACCCAAAGAACGGUUAGUCAGACUCUAGAGCUGAAAUGAAUUACCACAUAAUCGCCAUAGCGCUGCUGGCWWUGCAGUUGGGAUCGGUCRAUGCCGCCAGUGACUGCAGUAGACCUCCAACAGGUUUUGCCAAAAACUUGAAUCAGUGCUGCAGGAGGCCGAAACCGAACUUGAGCGCCUAUACUCGUGAGUGUCCCAAUAUAGCAGAUCGUUUUCGAACAUCAAAUCUGGAAAAAGUGGAUUGCUUGUUCAAAGCGGCCGACAUUCUAAACGGAGAGCAGCUAAAGAUGGAUAACACUCGUAAAAUGGUUAAAAAGCUUUACCCCAACGAUCCCGAGUUAGCCAACGCGGUGCUUGUCAGUUUUGAAAAAUGUCAGUCGGUUGUGAAGGCCCGUCUAGCUAAAGAAGACCUACAAUAUCGGCCCCUCAACCUAGUGUGGUGACCAGAAAAAUUAUUAUCAUUGGCUACAUGACUUGUGCUGGACACGAACUGAAACUUAACUGUCCGCCUAGGUUAUGGACAUCUUCGAAUGAAUGUGAGAUAACCCGRGAAUAUAUAAUCAACUGUC